AUGUAUUUGAGUAUGAUAUCUUGCGCGCGCCGGAAACUGCCGGCACCAACGGGCACCUCCUCUCUCUGUGUGUGUGUGUGUGUGUGCAGGUAUCCGCGCCCCGCCCCACACAUCUGCAGACCCACGCGCGAUGGGGAGAGGUGUCGGCGGAAUCUCAUCAAGCGCCCUCACGGUGAGCCGCCGAGCCGGUGUGUCGCAUGCCCACUUCCGCUUCUUCCUCGUCCGUCCUCCUCUGCGUUGUGUGGUGCUUUUCAACUUCUCCCUCGCGUAGCCGUGCGUAUUCCGUGCGAAACCGAAAACGAGACAGACAGCUUCAUCCCACAACGGCGGCGGUUGGCGCACAGUGUCACCAGAGACGCGGUCCUCUGCACCCUUACUCACCUACCCAAGUCGGCCCAGCCAUCCUUUGGCCACGGGCAAGUCUUCUUUCUGUCGGCUGGCGUGACAGUGCGCGUGCACGCCUGCGGUGUACCGGUGACAACGAGAAACGAAAGACGACCACGUGUAAGCGUGUCUGUGUCGCCUGAUCACCCUCUCUCCUGCGCCGUAGCAAGAGCAGUCGUCGAAGCAGCCCCCGCAGCGGUAUUACACACACACACACACACACGUGCUUCAGAACAGCAGCGCACCAUGUCUCUCUAUGGCGCUCGCGAGAGUGGCGGUGACGAGAUGUUGACGCCAGGCAUCACCGGCAUGAGCGGCAACUACCGAAAUGAGAGCAACUGCCACCGCUUCUGGAAUCGGCUCAUGACGUGCAUGCGGGAGAGCCAAGAGUUGGAUGUGCUGUACGACUGCCGUAGCCGCAUGCUGGACAUGCGGGAGUGCGUCGUGCGUCACAAGCAGUCAACGUGGGUGAUGCGUGAAACAAUGACGUCCAUCCGCCACGAGGGCGAGCUCCGCAAGUGGCUGCGUGACUAUGAUGAGAAGAUGGGGCACCCGCCCCUGCUGGAGGCGGUGGCGGCAGUGCGCAAGAAGGUGGACGCCGAGGGCGGCGUAGACAUUAUGAACCCGACGGUCUUCAAGGACCCCGACAUGUACAUCCCGCGCAGAGGAAAGGUAGCGUCUGCCGACAGGUGA